AUGAGAGUUCAAUCUGGAAUUGGAACUUCAAAACCUUUGAACCCUAAACCUCAUUACUUCAUCAUCUCAGAUUCUGAGACUGAUGAUUCCUCUAAUUCUUGCCCUCCAUCAGCAACAACACCACAAAAUAAUCCAACAUCAACAUCUGAAAAGGCACCAACCCACACUAAACCUACCACACCUUCCAAAUCUGCUUUCUCCUCUAAACCCUCACAAUCAACUCCCUCACACCAAAAACGAAGAUUGAUCCAUGAAAUUGUCUCCCCUCUUACUAAACAAAAUGAACCCUCCUCUCAAUCCAAACCACAAAAAAAACCCAUGAAAACAAAAUCUGCCAUGACAAUUGCGCAGUUCCUUGCUCGAAAGAAACUUCCAAACCCUCAGAAGAGAAAAACCCUCGCUCCUAAACAAAACCUCAAACAUUGCCAACCCACCUCUCCAGAACAUUCUUCACAAUGUUCCCCACCCCAACCUCCAGAACGUUCUCCAAUUCUGGAACGUUCCCCUAUUCAAACUCCUUUUUCUCCUCCUUCACAAGAACGUUCUCCAAAUCAAGAACAUUCCCCUGCUCACUCAGUCUCUCCUCUAGAACCCUUUCCCCACACACAACCUUCCUCAUCAACACAUGCCAAUCGAUCUCCCACUCCAGAACGUUCCUCUACUUCCACCUCGUCUGAAUCACAACCAUCCCCACCACCUAAAAAAUCCAAACAAAAUACUCCACCUCUGAUUCCUUCCAGCAAAACCAAACUCUUCAAAAGCAAAUUGGCUCAACGCCCAGUUGGGAUUGGACGAGUUUUCAUUUUUGAAAACCUCAUCAUUGACGGCAAUGUUGUCCAACAUCACACAAAUGCUCUUGGAUGGACCUCGUUCCUGCAAACAUCUGAAAGCUACUAUCCAGAUGUUUUGCCCAUAGAAGGCCCAUCUGUGUUUGGUGACAACUGGUACUCAGCCUUGAAUCUUCGCAAGACUGAAGUCCUAUCUGACUUUUUUGAAGAAGAUUCCACUCGCUACUUGUCAACAUAUCUCAAGCCCCUUCCUAAAGUGUUUAAUAACAUGUGCCAACAUACUCUAAUUCCUCACUGUGGAAGUCAUGAGUAUGUCUCUGACAAUGACGCACUGCUCAUCCAUCAUCUCCUCAACUGCAAGCGAUUGAAUUUACCUCAUGUGAUUAUCCAGCACAUGAUUUGUGCAUCCACCAAAGACUACAAGAAGAAUAUUGUACCUUAUGGCAUGGUUCUGACUAAGGUAUUCAGGUACUUUGGGGUCUCCCUUUCCUCUAAAAAAUCUCUGAUCAAUAUCUCAAAAUUUUCCACCAAAAAUCUCUCUCACAUGCGCAAAAAAUCCUCUGCCCAAACUCCUACUCCUCCAUCGUCUUUUCCAAUCUCCUCAAAACGCAAACGCUUUGCAGGAAGAAGACCUACUACACACCCUAUUCCAUUCCCACCAAAUCCUCUUAACUCUGAGGAAAAUCCAGCAAACAACACAACCCCAUAA